AUGAAGAAGAUUAAUAUAAUUGAAGAAGAAGAAGAUUAUGGUAAUAUAAAUGUAGAAGAAGAAAUAGAUGAUAUAAAUUUUGAAGAAUCAGAUGAAGAAUUACCAAUUGUUAUUAAUGAAGAUGAAUUUAUAAAACAAUUUACCAUCAAUGAAAAAACAAAAUCACCAUCACCUCCAAGAAAAGUUAUUAAUGAAUUGGAUAUUGAAGAUGAUAUUGUAUAUCGUGAUAAAUAUGGUAAACGUAUAACAAGAGAUCAAUGGUUAUUAUUAAAUCAAGUAAAAUAA